GCGACGUUUGUGAGCGCAUAGCAACAUAUUGUAGGGACCACUGGAAGACAAAGCCUUCUGUGACUAUGAAGAAGAAAUUAGAGAUACCUGAGACAGCGGUAUACAAUGUUGUCACGUUGUAUAGGGAGAGAGGAAAUUAUUUGCAACGUUUGGAGUUGUUUGAUAAAGCGAUACACGCUUAUGACGAGGCGCUGCGAUGGAAUAAUGAAGACGUGCGCUGCCUGUUGGGGCGGAGCGUGGCUCGAGUGAAGAUGACACAUUACGCCGGGGCCCUACUCGACGCCGCAGACGCAAAUGAAUUAGACCCGGAGAAUCUGUCAGCCCAACAAAUCAGAGCGCAGACGAAUUAUGAGAAGUGCGCAUUUGAAAAGGCACUAGUUCUUGCCAGUAGGGGACAGAGGAUACGACGCUGUCCCCCUCACUUCGCGAACUGUGCCCGACACGCCGAAGAAACUAUUCGAGAUUGUGUCGGCAAGAGUGCACGCAAGGUGUUAUCAUCGUCGCUCGGUCUACUGGAGAAAGCCCAGCUCACUAAAGACUCCAUCGAUGCUGACGCCCCUCAGGUCGUCACCAGGCAGUCGAGGAUGCAGACCAACCAAAGACAAGAAGUCCAAGAAAUAUCCAUAGCAGAGAAGCAUAAAUUCGAUCAAAUCUCCCGACUGAUGGCAUCGAAGUACUUAGGGUUAAUGGCCCACGAUAAAUACUUCCUCACCAGCCUAUGCAAAGAUGAGAGGCUGAUGUCUGCUAACAAACAAGGCUCGAAGAAAUUACAAGAAUUAGCUAAUAAAGCACUAGCUGAUAUUGAGAAGCGACAAGCCGUGCUACGCACCCGACGUCCCUUGUACGCCGCACUAGCAGCAGGCGAGGCCGCUCGCGCACGUCUUUCCAACGCGCGCAAAGAUCAACUCCAGCGCACGCAGAAGCAACACAUGCAAGACGCCAAACGCCUCAUCCGCGUUGCAGAAGCAUCGCUUGGUGACAGAGACACAGGGAAAUGUAUAGAAAACGCUGAGUUUGCUUUGGAGCAGAUAUCUAGAAAACCAGCUAACCUACUGCCAAAUAAAGACAAGUAUCUGCAUGAGCUGUACAGUAUUGUUGGCAAUGCUUUCUUGGAUCAGAAACGUGUAAAGCAUACCAUGAGCGAGUCGGAUCGCGAGAAGAGAGCAUUCAUGUUGCUGGGAAUGUAUCUAUCACGCGAACCAAGUCGCGACUCCAUCCUUCGGACGAGACCGGAGCCCCCACGCGAUGCCAAACGCCGUUUGCAAGUGUUAGAACGUGGACUGAAUAUGAGCGUCCGUCCGUCCGAGCGCUGUUACAUUUUGCACGAGUUGGCGCGCUUGCACAUUGACACCAAACAGCCGCAACGGGCACGCUUCUACGCUUUGAAAUGUCAAUCUGAGGCCCGUACAACUAACCUGAGAGUGUGGUUCCUAAACGCCACAUUCCUGCUGGCUCGCUGUCACUUACUGCAGAACAACCGUCCGGAGGCGCGUGCGACUUUGAUUGAAGGCGCUUCGCUCUCGCGCAUGUAUGGGUACCAGGAUGUUGCAGACUUCUAUGAUACGUGCGUCGAUGUAUCUCUGGAAGGAGAUGUGGCGUCCACAGAAGCUGAACUGGAGAAGCGUGAGAAAGAGAUGGUGGGCUUGAUGCAAGACGACGAUCUUAAAUCUGCCGCCAAACAUCUGUUCCGGAAAAUGUCGGUGUUGCCAGCUAACAGGCGAUUUUCCAUUAUGCCGGGCACGCGUGCCGAAGAAUCGAGCUCCGCUGCUGCCGGACGCCGCCAAUCGAUCAUACCUCGCGCGCAACAGCCAACCAGGAUCGCCUACAAGUCUCGCCACCCACUCGGAUUCCAAGACUUCGAUAUUUGAAAACUUCCCAUUUCAAACAUACUUUUAUUGGUACUAAAUUCAAAAUGUUUGAUAUGUUCCAUUGAUUCAAGUUUUGGCAUUUUGUACUUACUUGGAAAAAAUAAUUGAAAUUGAUUGAAUUGUGAGUAUUUUAUAAUGUUUAGAACUAUUUUGAUUUAUUUAAAUAUGUUUAAAAUAAAGAAAUCAUGUUAAUAUUAUUGAUAA